UAAAAAAAACUCAAAAGUCAAUUAAAUAAAAAAAAAAAGAGAAAGGGGCAAAAAAGUCAAUAAAAAAGCCAAAAGCCUACGGAAUUAAAUAAAGUAAAUGAAAAGACCCUCCACAAUAUGCGCUGAGUUUUGUGUCAGGGUCUACAAUUCAAUAUUACCACCACCGCCCUCGGUGAAAAAGAUGGCUGCCGCUGCUGCUGCGCUCAUCGCCACCCCAACCACCACCACUAUUCAUCAUAUAUUUAACUAUCCACCAGUGGCAACAGAGUCAACUCAACCCCAAUUUCUCUUCCUCUGUAAAAACCAACACACAUACAAAAAACCCCCAUUUACUUUCCUGCAUUUGUUGUUGUAUACGUAGCGUGCGUCGUCGUUUUGAAGGCUGGAGAUAAGUAUUGGAAAUGAUUGAUAAUCUUGGGGAAAUGGUAACUUAUGCUAAACUUCCGACGACGUUAGUUGCGUGCUUCUGUUUGGUUUCGUCUUUGUUGCUUACUGGUUCAAACGGCCAAAACACGCAUCCGGUCGAAGUGAAUGCAUUGCGGUCAAUCAAGUUAAGUUUGACCGAUGAAUAUGAAUAUCUGAGCAACUGGAAGAAAGGGGAUCCAUGCACUGCAAACUGGACCGGGGUUAUCUGCUACAACACAACUCUCGACGAUGGCUACUUCCAUAUUAGAGAACUGUUGUUGCUAAACAUGAAUCUAUCAGGAAGUUUAUCUCCGGAACUUGGCCGUUUAUCUUAUGUUAAGAUACUGGACUUUAUGUGGAACAAAAUUAGCGGGACUAUACCGAAGGAGAUAGGCAACAUUACAACUUUAGAACUGCUGCUUCUAAACGGAAACCAACUAACUGGCUCCUUGCCCGAUGAGCUUGGUUAUCUGUCCAACUUGGACAGAAUACAAAUCGACCAGAAUCAAAUAUCCGGACAAAUACCACGGUCCUUUGCUAACUUGACCAAAGCAAAACACUUCCACAUGAACAAUAAUUCACUUAGUGGACAAAUACCGCCAGAGCUAUCUCGACUUCCGAUUCUUGUUCAUCUGCUGCUUGAUAAUAAUAAUUUAUCGGGAUAUCUUCCGCCGGAGCUAUCCGAACUGCCAAAUCUACUAAUAUUUCAACUUGAUAAUAACAACUUUAAUGGGAGCACAAUACCUUCUUCGUAUGGCAAUAUGUCUCGACUGCUAAAGUUGAGUCUAAGGAACUGCAGUUUGGUGGGCCCCAUUCCUAAUUGGAGCAAUUUGCCCGAUGUUGCAUAUAUAGAUUUGAGCCUCAACAAGCUUAGUGGAUCUGUACCAACAGGUGCACUCUCGGAAAAUAUCACAACUAUUGAUCUCUCUAACAACAAUCUGAAUGGAACUAUUCCUCCGAGCUUUUCAAAACUUCCUCUUUUACAGAAAUUGUCACUGGCAAAUAAUUCAUUGAUCGGUUCUGUUCCAUCUGUCAUUUGGCAAAACAGAACUUUAAAUACAUCUCAGAGACUCAUUCUGAAUUUCGAGAACAAUAAACUUUCAAAUAUUUCAGGCAGUCUCUUCAUCCCUCCAAACGUCACAAUCGGGCUUCAGGGGAAUCCAGUUUGCUCAAACGAGAGCCUAGUUCAGCUAUGCACACCUCGUGAAGGAUUUUUUGAUAAAACCUUAAACACUACAAAAGACCUUAAUGACUGUCUCCCUCAGUCAUGCCCACCUCCUUACGACUACGCUCCAGCAUCUCCUUCAAUCCGUUGUUUUUGUGCUGCUCCACUGUACAUUGGCUACCGUUUAAAGAGUCCUGGAUUCUCCGACUUUCUUCCGUAUUACGAUGCAUUCAAAGAGUACCUAACUUCUGGGCUCGAUUUGAAUCUUUAUCAGCUUCACAUCGAUUCUGCUGUAUGGCAAAACGGGCCCCGCCUUAGAAUGCAUCUCGAGAUUUUUCCAAUGUACGUAAAUAACAGCGUAAGGAUAUUUAAUAAGAGUGAGGUUAUGAGAAUUCAGGGCUUGUUUAGUGGAUGGAGGAUUCGUGACAGCAAAGUAUUCGGACCUUUUGAGCUUCUCAAUUUCACACUUUCGGAUGUUUACAGAGAUGAAUUUCCUACGCCUUCGCCGUCUGGUAUAAGCAAGGGAGCACUAGUUGGAAUUAUACUUGGAACAAUAGCUGGAACAAUUGCUUUAUCUGCAUUUGUGUCGCUCGUUAUAUUGAGAUUGUACAUUCGGAAACAUCAUCCAUCUUCAAGAAGUCAUCUAUCAUCUAGAAUCUCAGUGAAAAUCGACGGUACAAAAGAUUUCACCUAUGCUGAAAUGGCAACGGCAACAAAUAAUUUCAGUGAAUCGAGCAUUAUUGGUCAAGGAGGUUACGGAAAGGUUUAUAAAGGUAUUCUUAAAGAUGGAACAGUUGUUGCCAUAAAACGUGCUCAAGAGGGAUCUCUUCAGGGCGAACACGAGUUUCUUACUGAAAUAGAACUAUUAUCAAGAUUGCACCACAGAAAUUUGGUGUCGUUGGUCGGAUAUUGUGAUGAACAGGGUGAACAGAUGUUGGUUUACGAAUUCAUGUCUAAUGGCACAUUGAGGGAUCACCUAUCUGGUAAGUUUAAAGUGGCUCUGAAUUUUUCAAUGAGAGUAAGAAUCGCACUGGGUGCAGCGAGAGGCAUACAUUACCUUCAUGCAGAAGCAAACCCUCCAAUAUUUCAUCGAGAUAUCAAAGCUACAAAUAUAUUAUUGGACUCCAAAUUAACCGCCAAAGUUGCCGAUUUUGGACUGUCACGAUUAGCUACAAUGCCUGAGCUUGAAGGAGCUAUGCCUGCUCAUGUAUCUACCGUAGUCAAGGGGACCCCGGGAUACCUUGAUCCGGAGUAUUUCCUGACUCAUCAGUUGACAGAUAAAAGUGACGUUUAUAGCCUUGGGGUUGUUUUCUUGGAGCUGUUAACUGGAUUGCACCCGAUUUUUCGUGGCAAAAAUAUCGUCCGUGAGGUCAACACCGCGUACCUUUCAGGCAUGGUAUUCUCUAUCAUAGAUGAUAAAAUGGGGUCUUAUCCUUCAGAAUGUGUGGAGAAAUUCUUAAUUCUGGCUCUCAGUUGCUGCAAAAACGAAACGGAAGAAAGGCCUUCAAUGGCGAAAGUUGUAAGAGAACUCGAAAACAUAUGGCUGAUGAUGCCCGAGACGGAGAUAACUGAAUCAUCUUCUUCGUCUUUUGUGAGUGAGCCAGCUGUCAAGGUGGCCAGUACUACUUCAAUACCCUACUCUUCAUCUUCUUCAUCUUCUAUACCGAGCCGAAGAACAACUCCUUUUGUGUCGGAAGAUGUUUCUAGAAGCACUGAUCUUGUCAGUGGAGUUAUUCACACCGUUGAGCCUAGGUGAUCUUUCCCCGAUUUUUUUUUUCUUUCCUCGGAUUUCUGUUUAUGGGAUUUUUUUCGUAGUUAUGUACAGUGGUUGUAUGAACUGCACUUCUACAUCAGCAGUAACAGAUAGGUAGUGUUUUUUUUUUUUUUUUUUUUUGAUAUUUUAUAUUUAUUGAAAAAAUACAUGAUAGCCAUAGCUAACAUUUGUAUGAUUGUAUCUCUUUAUUAUGUUU